UUGCAGAGGAAACUGGAAGAAGAACAGGGAUUAAAGCAGAAACUAGAAGAAGAACAGGGAUUGCAGAGGAAACUAGAAGAAGAACGGGGAUUACAGAGGAAACUAGAAGAAGAACAGGGAUUGCAGAGGAAACUGGAAGAAGAACAGGGAUUAGAGCAGAAACUAGAAGAAGAACAGGGAUUAAAGCAGAAUCUAGAAGAAGAACAGGGAUUGCAGAGGAAACUAGAAGAAGAACAGGGAUUACAGAGGAAACUAGAAGAAGAACGGGGAUUGCAGAGGAAACGGGAAGAAGAACAGGGGUUGCAGAGGAAACUAGAAGAAGAACAGGGAUUGCAGAGGAAACUGGAAGAAGAACAGGGAUUGCAGAGGAAACUAGAAGAAGAACAGGGAUUACAGAGGAAACUGGAAGAAGAACAGGGAUUGCAGAGGAAACUGGAAGAAGAACGGGGAUUAGAGCAGAAACUAGAAGAAGAACGGGGAUUGCAGAGGAAACUAGAAGAAGAACAGGGAUUGCAGAGGAAACUAGAAGAAGAAAAGGGAUUGCAGAGGAAACUGGAAGAAGAACGGGGAUUAGAGCAGAAACUAGAAGAAGAACGGGGAUUGCAGAGGAAACUGGAAGAAGAACGGUGAUUAGAGCAGAAACUAGAAGAAGAACGGGGAUUGCAGAGGAAACUAGAAGAAGAAGGGGGAUUGCAGAGGAAACUAGAAGAAGAACAGGGAUUGCAGAGGAAACUGGAAGAAGAACGGGGAUUACAGCAGAAACUAGAAGAAGAACGGGGAUUGCAGAGGAAACUAGAAGAAGAACAGGGAUUAAAGCAGAAACUAGAAGAAGAACAGGGAUUGCAGAGGAAACUAGAAGAAGAACAGGGAUUGCAGAGGAAACUAGAAGAAGAACAGGGAUUACAGAGGAAACUAGAAUAACAUUUCCUAAAGAAAAUGUUUGCGUUGGCUUUCAAAUGGAUGAAGGGAGAGUAAAG